AUGUCUGAGGUUGAACAAGAAGCUGAUCUACAGCAUUCUAAUGAAAGUGAACAAAAUGGCAAUACUAUAUAUAGUCAUCCAUCUGAGCUAGCUAAAGAAUAUACGUUGGAUAUCCCUCGAGUUCCAAGUAUUGAAUUUCCAUUACACGUUUCUUCCAGUCCCUCUAGUAUUAAUAAAGCUAUAAAUAUGGUUGGUGGUAUUGAUAAAGUUAGACAAGUAUUAGGUGAACAUGGUAGUUCUCAAAAACAAUUGGAAAUGUAUCUCAAUGAAGGACAUGACAAUGAUGGGUCAGACACCUUUUUCAAUGAACACUCUAUUGUUGGGAAGGAAGUCCCAUUUAGGGAUGAAUCUAUUGUUUUAAAAAUUACAGUACCCAAGGGUACCAUGGCCAAAUAUAACGGUAAUGUUAGAGAGGCACUAGCUAUGCUAAAGCCAAAACAAAGUGCAAUUGUCCCGGUUGUCAUUAUCAAUAGUACUAUCAAGUUCAGGGAGAUGUCUGAUUUCCAAAUAAGGUUGGAUAACGUACCAUCUGCCAAUGAAUUUAAGGAUUCAUUUGGGUCCCUUGAUUGGAAGAAUUUUAAAAACUUUGUAAAUUCAGUUCCUGAUAAUGAUCCAAGACCAUUCGAGAAUAUUAAUAAUAUCAGAUUAGAUAGAAGUUCCCCAUUCCCAAAUACAGAUUAUCAAUUACCUCCUCCUCCAAGAUUUUCGAUGGUCAGUUAUCCAUUUCUUUAUAAAUACAAGACUAAUCCAUUUGCAACAAAAAAAUCAGAUGGGGCAAGUGAAGUUAAAGGCUCAUAUAUUAAGAACUAUCAAUUACUUGUGCAUGACUUGAAUGAAUCUGUCGUGAUUCCAGUGCAAGCAGAUUCACAGCUUAUGGUAGAUUAUAAUGAAGCUGUUAAAACAGGAAUUUAUCCUGGAACUAAGAAAGAGUCGAAAUUCUAUGAAUCGUUGGAGGAAUGUCUGUCAAUUAUAAAUAAGUUGUUUGAAAAAAGACCAAUAUGGGUUAAGAGACACAUCGAUGGUAUUGUUCCUAAGCAUGUUCAUCAUACAUUAAAAGUAGCGCUAGCUUUGGUGUCAUAUAGAUUUACAAUGGGACCUUGGAGAAAUACAUAUAUCAAGUUUGGUAUUGAUCCUAGAUCAUCUUCUGAAUAUGCCAAAUACCAAACUGAGUAUUUCAAAAUUGAAAGAAAGUUACUAAGAUCUCCAAACAUUGCUAAAAAUGUGCCUAAACCGCCAGCAUCUGUGUUUGAAUCCGAUGUACCUGAAGGUAUAGAUACAAGAUUCAAAUUUAAUGGUAAACAGAUUCCAUGGUACUUGAUGUUACAGAUAGAUUUAUUGUUUGAUGAACCAAAUAUUGCAGAAGUAUAUUCGAAAGUUGAAUAUUUGGAUAAAGCAAAUGAGCUCACCGGUUGGUUUAAGGAACUAGAUUUAGCCAAAAUUAGACGUAUUGUUAAAUAUGAAUUGGGUUGUAUGGUUCAAGGCAAUUAUGAAUUUAACGUUUACAAGUUAAAAUAUUUCAAGACCAUGCUAUAUGCUAAGGAAUCCAUGAUGAAUAAUGCCAAGGACAAUGAUGAGAGUACUACCAGUAGUAUAAACGGUAGUGAAAUGAGUACAGAUACCACAAGUACAAAUACUACAGAAGAUGCAUCGAAUGGUAAUGCUGGUGAAGUAGAUUCAGAUAAUGACAUUACCACAGGUGAAGCUGAUGAACAGGUGCUUGAAAAUGAAGAAGCAGAAAAUGAUCCGAAUGUCAGUGUGAAUCCAGCAGAAGACGAUUAUAUGAUGGAUGAAGAUGAAGAUGAAGAUAAUGAGGGAGACUUUGAUACUAAGACUGCAUCAUUUCAAGAUAUAAUUGGUCGUAUAAGGAACAUGAACCCAGAAACAGCAGACCGUCUAAGCAAAGAGUUGGAAGGUUUUAUUAACGAAGCAAAUUUGUAA